AUGAUGAACAUAACCCGGCUACUGCGGGAGGCGCUGCACAACUACGUGUCGCUGCGCUAUGCUCCGUCAUUUCAGCAGCCGCAGCCCCGUGAAGUGAUUGGGGUACCGACAAGAGGGAUUCCUCCAAAUUUUCUUCCGGCGUUUGUCGUCCCGGAGGCGAUUGGCGAGGAGGAGGAACAGGCCCUCCUCGCCUUCACGGAGCCGUGGUUUUCCCGUCUGCCAUACAAUGACGGUCACAUGGACUCGCUGAUUCACCACUUUAAGGAGUUUUAUCGCUCUUACCGGGAAAUAGCGGGAGAUACCGCGGACAACGGAAGCAACAGCACCCACGAAGAAGUUGAUGAGAAAACGGCGGCCCUCGCGCGCACAGCGCUAAGGCGAUGCCGAAAGCUCGCGUCAGAGUACCUGGCAAACAUACCCUUGGAUGACCGAGUCCAUUUUUUACGUUUGAACAGCAACGGUUUUAUUCGAGCGCACGUGGACGAAAGUCGAAAUUCAAGUGGCAUUGUGGCGGGCCUCUCUCUUGGCUCCGCGCGGGUGAUGACGCUGACGCAUCCGAAGCACCCCGAGGAACGAGCGGAGCUGCUGCUGGCCCCGCGGGCGUUUUACGCCCUCAUCGGGACCGCACGAUACGAGUGGGAGCACAGCGUGGACUGGUCGGAGGAUGGCACCGAGAACCUGGAGAGGGUGCGGGGAAAUUUGCUGAUGGAAGGAACCCCCGUCACGUUUGACGGGAGGGAAACGCAGCACAAACGAGGGGAACGGACAGCAGUCAUCUUCCGCGGGGUUUCCCCGAUAGAAUUGCUGCUGACGAAGAUGCGAAUGAAACGCGCGGCCACGUGA